AUGGAGCGUGUUGUAAAAUUGGCUUCCCAAAGCCCCAUAGUGAUAUUCAGCAAGAGCACGUGCUGCAUGUGCCAUGCAAUCACGAAGCUGUUUCACGAGCACGGGUCCAGCCCGGUAGUCCUGUCGCGAAGCCCUCCCAUUCCCGCCGUUUUUAUCGGCGGAAAAUUCGUGGGCUUGGCCCAAGAGGUGUUGACUUUUCAUCUCGAUGGGUCCCUCCGGAGGAUGCUUAAGGAUUCUGGAGCCCUGUGGCUGUGA